AUAGGCAACACAGAUGUUCAAGUGUACUCGAUUCGCUGUGCAGUUCAAGGUUUGGGUAUAAUGGGCAGAACCAUGAGGCCAACUUCUUUGAGUUUGUCUUUCCCACGCUAAACUGCGAAACCAAAUGUGAGAAAAUUUGCAUGGGUCAGGCGGAUUGGGAACGUACGUGCCUCAGUAGCAAAGUGCACGUCGAGAUCUUCCAACAUGGGGCUACCAGCUUGCAUAUGCACCAAAGUUCUCCAGCUGAUUGCCACGGUGGCGGCGCUGAUUGUGAAGAGAUUGUCGGACAAGCACUCGGAAAGGGUGUUCGCCAUCAACAAGAAGCAGUCCAGGGAGUGGACCCUGCUGAACAGCAUCUCCUGGUCGAAGGAGGGCGAUGACUUCGGCACGCUCACCUUCCUGGGAUUCACCUUCAUUGCAGCCGUUCUCCUGCUCACGAGGAUCAUCGAGGGCACCUCGAACUAUGCCACCUGUGAGAUCAUUCUGCUGACCUGCGGAGUUCUGUUCUUCACCAUAGAGGGACUUCUCAUAUUCUUCACUGUGGAGCAGCUUUCCGAGGACCUUCUGACCUAUGCCUAUGCAUUGGGCGCACUUUCCUUCAUCUGCGCAGCACUUUUCGCUCUGGACCUGAUGUUCUUCAAGAACCUGCUGCAGCUAAGGAGCUCCACCGCCCAAACGGACCAGUUGAAGGAAACGGUGGCCCUCAAGGUGUACAAUCUGUCCCAGAAACCGAAGCCAACCUGCUGCAACAUCGUGCCACAAACUCACAUGGUGAAUGAGAGCAGUAAGAACUAUCUGCGAACCGAUUUGUAGAAC